AUUCACUACUGUAAAUUAAAAUGUGGAUAGUAACACAUGAGGGUGAUCAAAAUGGAGAAAUACGAUUCCUUGAACCCAAUCGGACUUAUACGCUUGGCAGAUUUGAAGAUGUAGACUUUUUAUAUCAAAGUAGUUCUGUAUCAAGACAUCAACUUGAAUUAGUGGUUGGAUCCAUUAAUGAAGUUAAUCUUCAAGAUGCGGAAUUUCGUACUCCACUUUGUAUAAAAGUUUUAUCUCGAGCUAAAUCAACUGUUAAUGGUACAUUAUAUAAAUUAUCUAAAGGUCAAAAUGAUCCUAUUAUAUUAGAUGUUACUAAUGAUGAAAAUAUUGAAAUAAUUCUUGCCUCAGAUAUCGAUAAACCUCUUCAAAUUAAAUGGGUUGAUUUUACUAUUAUGACUUUUACUAAAAAUGUAAUACAAGGACAUGAUAUGGUUGAAAAUCAUUUAAUUGAUGAUCUUAUCAAUUUAUAUAAAGAUGGUAUUGAUAUAAGAAUAACAAUGAGUAUAUCUAAAGCAACUCAUUAUUAUAGUAUAGGAGAACCUAAUAGUAAUUCAUUCAAAAUAGCUGUUGCAAAAGGUAUACCAAUCUUAAAUAGAGAUUGGAUAGAAAACAUACGACAUAAUAAACAAGAUGUUCAACACUGGUUACUUCAUAUAGACUACGAAAAAUAUUUACCAGGAGGAGCUUAUUUGUUACCUAAUAAAUCUCGAAGUUAUUUAUUAACUAAUGUAUGUGUAUUUUUAAUAGCAAAGGAAAAGGAUAAAUUUAUUCAUUGUAUAACAGCAUUAGGUGGAAAGGGGAUAUUAUUGAAAUUAGAUCAUUAUUAUAAAGAAGAUAUUUUGGACUUGGAAUCAUUGGCUCAUGAUAUGAAAUCGUUAUCUAAUGAUUCACCAUGUAUUAUUAUGAAAUUUCUGAAUCAUGAAUCUUCAUUAGCUGAUAAAAUCAAUAAUUCAUUGAAAGAUCUUGCUGAAAAAUUCAAUACCAAUCUCGUUACAGAAGAUACAAUAUGGACAUCUACAAAGGUGUGUAGUUUAGAUAACAUCAAGUUGUUUAAAGUUGUGGAUAUUGAUUUCCAAAACAAUAAGAGGUCAGAGGAUCUGCAAACAGACUCGAGGUCAAGAAAGAGAAGGAAAUAUGAAAAAGUUAGUAAAACACAUUUUUUUGAUUUUGGAACUCCAUCACAAACUCAAGAUAUCUCUCAGCUGGUCUUGCCCACUGACACUAAAGAUUCUGGUAUUACACCUCAGAUUGAAAGUGAUGUUGCAGAAGAGAAAGAGUUGGUGGUAAAAGAUACAGAACCUGCACAAGUUGAUGAUUCUCAUGAUUCUCCAAAGGAAGAAGAAGCAAUUGAUAAAGAUGAUAAAGAUAAUAAAGAUGAUAAAGGAAAUGAUAUUAAAGAUAAUGAUAAUAAAGAAAAUAAUGAACCUCUAGAUAAGGAAAAGAAAAGAUCAGGAGAUGAAGAUAUCAAGCAAAGACCAAAAAAAAUCGGUAAGUUCAUGCCUAAAGUCUCAUUAGUUGAUGCCAUUAAAUCAACUAGAGAAAAGGCUGAACAAUCAAUAAAAGAAGAGUUAGGAAUAGUUGAAGAUGGUAAUGAUGAAGUUACUAAAGAUCUUUCUAAUUUAGUCAUAGUUGAAACUAUAGAAAUUAAAUUACGAGAACGAAAUCCUCCAACAGAUUUUGAAUCUAAUGUUAAGAGAGAUUAUAAUGGUAGAAAGAACUUUAAAAAAUUUAAGAAAAAUCAAAAAUUAAAGUCAAAUGUUACCAGAUCUUUUGUGGAAUUGACUUCAAUUGCUGCAAAUAAAGAGCUCAGCCUUAACAUAACCAAUCAUACAUUACCAGAAGAUGCAGAAGAAGCUUUAGGUAAAGACUUUGAUAAAUAUAUGGAAACCGUGAAAACUAUGACACCAGGGAAAACUCUACCAUUUGGAUUAACUGAUGCUAGUGAUGAUGAUAAUGAUUCAUUUUCAUUUCAAAGUGAUAAAUCACGAUCUAAACCUGCACAAUCUUCACUAUUUGUAGAUGAAGAGUCGCAAUCCCAAUCAGUUCCAGUAGUAUCUAAAGCUAAAACUAGAACAAAAGCUAAAGCACAAGCGCCUAUAUAUUAUGACGAUGAUGAUGAUGAUGAUGAUGACCAACCGAAAUUCGGAUUUAGUCGUGCCAGCUAAUGUAUAUAUAUUAUAAAUUAAUGUUAC